ACACAUUUUAUUCGUUUUUCUAGUUUUCCCAAUCUACCUUUGGUGGCACAAGCCCAUGCCGAGGAGCAGUAGUUAUAAUAUGGCAUGAUGAGUGCGUCAAUUAAAAGGUUUUUUCUGCGAGGUGUUAAACAAGAUGCAAUGGUUCUAAUUUUAGAAUAUUUAAUUAGUAUUUUUCCAUCAUUAAUGUGCUCUUCCCAUUGCAUUUUUUGAUCAAAUUUUACCCCGAAAUAUUUAACUUUUUCACUCCUCUUCAAAGAAAUACCCACAUGGUUAAUAUUUUUGUUCCCAACUUUUUUUAACUGGCUGUGGUUGCCGAAAAAGAUUGUUUCAGUUUUGCUCACAGAAUUUUCGUGAGUACAAAAGUUCAAAAAAGUUGUUAAUUGUUAAAAGUACAUAAAUUGCCAAAUAAUACCCUUUUAGUGUGUGUUAUGAAAUCUCAAACGUUUAAAAAAUAAUGCUGUGCAACAUACAAGAGAAUGAGAUAUUUCAUCUCAUAGCUGCUUAUUUAAACAACGAAGAAUUCUGAAAUGACGAAUUUUGUAAAUAAAACAUAAUAUUUUAUCAUACGAUUAUAUUUUUGACAUUUAAAAUUGAUUCGUUAAAACAGGUACCACAAAUGUAGAUUAUGUAAAGAAAUAACCGCGCAUACUAAUCGCAAAAAACAAUAACACGAGAAACAGAGGAAAAAACAUCUCCAUUUUAAUUGAUGGGAUAAUUCAAUAAAAAGUAUAUAGCUUAUAGUUUUUUAACUUAAACAAUAUUAUAGAAACUUUAAAAUAAAUUCAUUUAUCUGAAACAUGUAAAAGAAAUAUUCCAUAUAAAAAAAGUACUGUUGAAGGAAAUAAAUAUAUAUAUACAUAUGACUUCGGGUUUUAAAAGAUGUGUGACCUCGUUAUGAAAAUUAACUUAUAUGUGUUACUGGUUUUCUUGACCAGCAUACUUGAUGAAGGUACCGCAUUAUAUUGUCAAAAUAGGUCAGUCACAGUAAUAGUCGACAAGAUGAAGCGAGCAGAGUUUGAACUAAUUUCCAAACAUGAAGAUAUUCAGAUCUCCAUCAUCAAUACAAGCAUCUACGGUAUAAUAAACACGAUAGAGCGUUCUCAAGACGUGUAUUAUUUUAUAAAUCAAACUAAAAAUCCGUUUGUAAAGAAAUUAUCUUCUUCAGAGAAAAUAUUCGCACCGUACAGUUUUGAUGGAGUAAAGGUUUAUCAAAGUUGGAACAACAACGCUGUUAUAUACGAACUUGAUUAUUUAACUGUCAUGUGUAACAUGGUCAGCACAAUUUUAUACGAGCUACAAGAAACAAGAAUCGUUGUCGUACUUACUCAACCAUGCAAUGACGUUAUUGUUACAUCACUUGAAAAAAUAUUAAGUAAUAAUGGUGUUUAUUCACAGAUAUUUUGCAGCAAUCUUACGCUCCCCCAAGAUGCAUCUUAUGUCAUGCAAGCAGCAGACAAAAUGUCGAUGAAAGUUGUGUUAAUACUGGCAACUACAUAUGAUACAGUUCGUUUCCUUGACAUGGCCAGAGCGGACCAUACAUCACAUCAUAUUUGGUUUACAAAUAGUAUGAAAGAACAAGCGCUGCGUGACAUGUACACUGCUUGCAUUUACAAUAUCGACGUCGAAUUAAACCCAUAUUCGGGAAGAGAAAUUUUGGAUGUUUUGAAUAUAACAAACUGUAAAGUUUCUACUAAAGAGUGGUCAUAUGUGCGAAAACAUAAUCAAAGCAUUAACAGAGAUAUUUCUUUUCAACAAAAAGAAAGGGAAAUAGUUCAAAAUAUAAGAAAUUGUUUGGAGGAAAAUCACGUCUUAAAAGUUGCCAUGCUGAUUGACGAACCAUUUGUUAUUGAACUACCCCAUGCUUUUGAUCAAGAAAGAGAUUUUCAAUGCGAGGCUUCUCACCCUUGUCGCAUUCCUGAGAAGAAUGCAACCACAGGGACCACAUUUUGGCGACAAUCAUGCUGCUCUGGUAUCGGCGUUGAAAUAUUCACCAUUAUAGCAGACGAUAUCCAUGUGGAAUUCGAACUGUAUGCUGUUGAAGAUGGCCAGUAUGGAGGAUUCACGAAUGGAACAUGGACUGGCAUCAUAGGUGAGGUCAUCUAUGGCAAAGCUGAUGUCGGCUUGCAAGGAUUGACACCAACAGAGCAGAGAUUAGAAGCAGUGGAAUUUACCGAACACGUGAUGACGUCAUCUUUAGGAUUUGUGACCAAAUUUAAAACAGAAGAAUUAAAGAUUGUUAAUUGGAAGUUUCUCGAAUUUCUUGAAGCUGAUAUUCUCUUUGCAAUCAUUGUAUCAUUUUUUGUAGUGUGUAUUACGACGUUCUUAUAUGAGAAUGCGGUACUUAUUGUGGGAGCCUUCAAGUACUUUUCGUCCAGAGAUACUUUCACAUACAUCGCAGGACUCGUUUUUCAAAGAGAUCUAUUGGGUAAAACACCCAAAAAAUGGUCGGCGAGAAUUAUAGCUAUAAUAUAUGCGACAGGGAUGACGGUCGUUAUGACAACUUACACGGCUAAUCUCACGGCAAAUAACAUAAUGACGGGUGCCGACGACAGUUUCAAAGGUUUAAAAGAUGAAAAGAUUCUCAACCCAACAAAUUCGUUCGUUUAUGGAGUGCAAGAGGGUACGAAUUCUGAAUUGUUUUUCAAAGGAAGCACAUCCAAAAAAUAUUUUUCAGUUUAUGACUUUCUGCAACACCAUUUACAAACAUCUGACGCAAUUGGGAUGGAAAAAGUCUACACUGGAGAAUUAGACGCGUAUAUUGGCGAUUACAUCUACCUAAAAUAUCGCACAGCGCACCCAAAAUAUUGCGCAACCCUCAAGUUGUACGAAGAGAAGUCUCUUACUACGCAAGUCUCCUUUGCUCUGCAUCACAAUUCAGAAUGGAAAAAAGUAAUCGAUCAAUCGAUAUUUAAAAUGAAAGAAUCCAAGAAAGAGAAAAACAUAUUAAACAAAUGGUUUUAUAUUCCCAAGUGUUAUGUCAUUGAAAACAAAGCAGAGAGAUUUUCUUGGCGUUACGUGGGCGGUUUGUUGGUGGUGUUUGGUUGUUGUGUGGGACUUUGCACGAUUCUUCUACUUGUUGAGAAUAUUUACUCAUUUUUAAGAGUGAGAAGAGAAGAGAAGAAACGUCAUGUCAAUACCAUUUGAUACUUCCCUAUCACAGUACAACUUUCUUUAUAUCAUUUUGUCACUUUCAAUAUUUUAUUAAUUAAAAGAAAUACAUGCUGUUAUUUUUAUCCCAACCUUUUUAAAACGUUUAUUUUCCGUUUAUACCUAUAACUGUUAAAACAAUACCUUAAGUGGAAAAAAUUUGGCGAGUAUUUAAUUUGGCGAAUGACAAAAAUGGAAUAUUUGGCGAGGAUUUGAUUUGGCGAAUACAAAAAAUGUUUAUUUUGGCGGAGAUUUACUUUGGCGAAUGACACAAAUUAUAAAAAAUAAGAAUAAACGUAUAUAUAAACACAAGAUUUGUUAUGGAGUUAAAAAUUCUAUUCUUUAUCAUUGUCAAUAAAGAAAAGUUCUUUUUGGGGGGAAUAAAACAUUUAUCUUUUUUUCAUUAAAAAAAAACGCUUUUUUUAAAAAAUUUGACGGGGAUUUGGCGAACGGCAAAAUACGUUAAAUUUGGCGAAUAUUCAGUUAUUAAAAUUUUGGCGGGUAUUUAAUUUGGCGAAUUUCGCCGAAAUUUGCCGAAAUUCGCCAAAUUUAAUCCUCGCUAAAAUGUAUCCACUUAAGUAUUAUAAGUUUCUUUAUACACAACAAACGGAUCACGUGAUAUUCGCGCGCCUGUUAUUGUAAACAGGUGAAAGGUAAAACAUGUGAUUCUAAUAUACGAUGAAAAACCAUUUUGAAAAAAUCAUAGGUUUUUAUUAGAAAAGUACACUAAUUAAAU